AAGACAAAAUUCUGAGUUAUGGAUAGGGAUGAGAACAACUAUUGGCACCUGAAGCCACUAUACGAUAAGGCGGCAAUACGCAGUGUGGACAACCAGGAACAGCUCUCGGUGAGAAAUCUGUUGCAGUUGUAUGUCAAUACAUUCAUUGGCGCCAACUUUGCGGAGGCAUGCAUGUAUUCACUGGACGUGAGCAAGACCCGUAUGCAGGUGCAUGGCGAGGAGGCGAAAAGGACGGGCAGCAAGCCGCGUAACAUGUUCAGGACUCUCUACGGCAUUUGGGUUGAGGAGGGACCAAAAAAUCUUUAUUCCGGCUUCUCGGCCAUGGUCGUUCGUAAUUUCAUAUUCAAUUCAUUGCGCGUUAUGCUCUACGAUGUAUUCCGGCGUAGUUUCAUUUACGAAGAUGCCCAAAAUGUCCAGUCAAUCAAGAUACAUCAUGCAUUUCUGUGCGGCAGCGCCGCCGGCUGCAUUGCCCAGGCGCUGGCCAAUCCCUUUGACAUUGUCAAGGUGCGCAUGCAAAUGGAGGGCAGGCGUCUACUAAUGGGCAUGGAGCCGCGCACCACAAACUUCGUAAGCGAUCUAGCUGAAAUCUAUAGAAAGUCGGGCGUGGUGGGCAUGUGGCGUGGUGUCGGACCAAGCUGUACACGCGCCUGCCUAAUGACCGCCGGCGAUGUGGGUGCCUAUGAUCUAUGCAAGCGUAACUUAAAGAAAUAUUUAGGCAUGGAGGAGGGGAUACCGCUGCGUUUCGCAUCAUCAAUGGUCGCCGGACUGGUGGCCAGUGUGCUUAGCAAUCCGGCGGAUGUGAUUAAGUCACGAGUGAUGAAUCAGCCGAUAGAUGAAAACGGCAAGGGUGUAUACUAUAAAAACUCCGUGGAUUGUCUCGUCAAACUGUUGAGAGACGAGGGUUUUCUUAAUUUGUACAAGGGCCUCAUACCCUGCUGGCUGAGAUUGGGGCCCUGGUCGGUGUUGUUUUGGUUGUCCGUCGAACAAUUACGUGUAUGGGAGGGUCAGACUGGCUUUUGAAUGCCAGCAAAAUGUCCGUGAAUAUAUUUUUAUUCGGCUGCAACGGAUUUAGUAGUCAUGUCUACAUUUUACCCUGUCAAAUAAAAUUACUUGUUUUUUUAA